GGCUCCUCGCCCUCCACUUUUGCUAGUCGCCUCAAGAUGGCGGACACAAUGAGCCGGCGCUACGCCGGUCGGUACUAAGCUGACGGUGAGGAGAACAGUCCGCUAGGCCCCACCAUCAGGACGGGAGAGCGCUGCCCACUGAGGAAGAGGCGGCGGACCGACUGCAGAGCCUUCUUCCCGCUCGCCGCUAGCGCGGCGCACGCACCACCUGGGUUGGCCCUGAGCCGCCAGCCCGCUCGCCGCCCGACCCCGCCCCGGCCCCGCGCCGCUGCCGCCUCCUGCCGCCGCCAUGAAGCUGACCGACAGCGUGCUGCGGAGCUUCCGCGUCGCCAAGGUGUUCCGCGAGAACUCGGACAAGAUCAACUGCUUUGACUUCAGCCCCAAUGGCGAGACGGUCAUCUCGAGCAGCGACGACGACUCCAUCGUGCUCUACGACUGCCAGGAGGGCAAACCAAAGAGAACCCUGUACAGUAAGAAAUAUGGUGUGGACCUCAUCAGAUACACUCACGCGGCAAACACAGUCGUUUACAGCUCUAACAAAAUAGAUGACACAAUUCGUUAUUUGUCCUUGCAUGACAACAAAUACAUCAGAUACUUCCCUGGACAUAGCAAAAGGGUGGUGGCCUUGUCCAUGUCACCUGUGGAUGACACUUUCAUUUCUGGGUCUCUUGAUAAGACCAUUCGACUCUGGGAUCUCCGGUCUCCUAACUGCCAGGGCCUCAUGCAUCUACAGGGCAAGCCAGUUUGUUCUUUUGAUCCAGAAGGGUUAAUUUUUGCUGCAGGUGUCAACUCGGAAAUGGUUAAACUUUACGACCUUCGAUCUUUUGAUAAGGGACCAUUUGCAACCUUUAAGAUGCAAUAUGAUCGAACUUGUGAGUGGACAGGACUUAAGUUCAGCAACGAUGGCAAACUCAUUCUCAUCUCCACCAACGGCAGCUUCAUCCGUCUCAUUGAUGCAUUCAAGGGAGUAGUGAUGCACACAUUUGGGGGUUAUGCUAACAGCAAAGCUGUCACACUGGAGGCUUCAUUUACUCCAGAUUCUCAAUUUAUUAUGAUUGGUUCAGAAGAUGGCAAGAUCCAUGUCUGGAAUGGAGAGAGUGGUAUAAAAGUAGCUGUGCUGGAUGGUAAACACACGGGUCCCAUUACCUGUCUGCAAUUCAACCCCAAGUUCAUGACCUUUGCCAGUGCAUGUUCCAAUAUGGCCUUCUGGUUACCCACCAUUGAUGACUGAUCCUCACAGUGCUCAGCUAUUUCUCUACAAUGAGGGCGGCCAACAGGAAAAACUCAUAGGGGACUGAGAUGACAGCGGGGUUGGAUCAUUUGACUUGGCUGGAGAACAUCCUUUCAUAUGGCCUUCCCAUGGGUGUACUGUACAUCUGCUCAAAAGAAAAGACUUGGCUGAGCUUCUUCAGAGACUCUUGGUGCUGGAGAUUCAGCUGGCACUCAGCCCUCCCAGCUCACGCCACCAAGCUCAUCCAGAGGGGUGACCAGACUUGUGAUUAGGUUAUACUGGGGUUCUUAAGACCCCUUCAGUUUUGAAUGUAUUAGCUGCUGAAGAGCCAGUGAAGUCAUCAGUUCUGCCCAUCCUUCUCCCACCCCUAUAAAUGCAUGGGAAACCACAGUUCUGGUUUUGAGAUGCCUAGGGCAGCUCAGUGUCCCCUGCCCUCACCCUGCAUGUCUUGUUCCUGGGUCUCCCUGUGUAAUUGUGGUAUUAUUCCACAACCAUCAUGUACUUAGGUGCCAAACAUUUACAGAAAUAAGUCUUCAUAUACCUUGGGGUCAAAGAAAGGGACAGAUAGCUAAAGAUCUUGCUUAUCAGGAGGCUUUGCAUUUAGUCGUGUGUUGGUGGGUGGUUUGGGUAGAUUUUAGGCUCUUAUGUGAGCUAGCUAAAAAGCCCAAGAGCCUGGAAGGGAGGGAAGGGGGUAGUAGAUGAGUUCUAAGAACUGAAAGGUUUAGCAGCCUGGUAUAAUCCCCCAUCAUCAAGACAAACCCACGGUCUUUCUGUGUUUGUGGCCGGGGCUGGGGGGGGCGGGGGGGCUACCAUGCUUGGCUUAUACAAAAGCGAGGUAGGAGUCUAUUUUUGUGCCUGAGUCACAUCACGUUUUCCUGUGGGCCAGUAUUGUGGAAUGAGUAAGUUGUUUACACUGAUGCCUUCCUUUCCUGCCCACCACAAAUUGUGUACAUAGUCAGCAGAUGAUACUCCCUUUUCCCCAGCUCCUAUGCAAGAGCUGAUUCUAGGCCUGUGUUAUAUGUUAUAUUUAGCCUUUUUAUAUAUGACCCUUGAUUUCUGUUUAUAUUUGAGCACAGUAUGCGUGUCCACUUAAAUAUAUCUGCAGACAUGGCACAUAUGUAUGUGUGUAUAGGCCUAUCGUCUGUAGCAUCUCAAGAGGUCAGCAGAAGGUCUAACAGGGACUCCUAUGGCCUUUUUCUCUUUGGGAGUCUUAAGUGAAGCAGAGCUGCUUCUAAUGUUUGCUGUUUUCAUGGCAGCUAAGUGAGGAUCUUGGGAUGUUUCCCUCAAGCUCCUCAAGCCACAUUGUGGGGCCCUCUCUACAGUAUUAGUCUCUCCUUUGCUUGAUUAUGCUCUGUCUGCACCUGUAUUCGUGUGACAGUCACUUUUGCAUGGCUUCUAUGCCUGGCUUAUGGCAUUUGGGAACAGGGUGCUGGAACCAGUGUUUUCAGUUUGUCAGAACUUUGCCAAUCACAGGUCCCUCUUUACCUGCUGUGUCUGCUUUUGUGCCCUUGUUCUUGAUUUCUCCUGAGAGAAAGAACUCUAGCUAGGCCCAGGGUGAGAAGAGUUGCAGCUGCCAAUUGCCCUUUUUCCUAGUUUGGCAGAGUGAGUGGCAGUCAAACCAUUUAAGCAGCAGUCCCUUCAUCCAAGAGUACCCAGCUGCUAGGGGGUCAGUCAGGCCAUCACUGCUGCAGUUUAGCAAAGGCAUCAACUAUCAAUCACUAACACUUUUUUUUAAGGAAUUUUUUUUUUUUUUUUGACUUGCUGUCCCAACUGAAAAGGCAAGAGAUGGACACUGACUGAAAUCUGCAAUUGUUGCUACGCACCCACUGUGUAAUUCUGCCUUCCCAGAGUGCACAGGAUGGUCUGUGCUGUUACUGCCCACCUUUAAGGUCUGAAAUUCAUGUUAGGAGUAACUGUUGAGAGAGAAUGCUUGGAGUUGGAGUAACCAGAAAGGCUCAGUAACUUGUAACUAGAGUGGCUUCCCCUGCAGCAGGAAAAUACUUGUAUCCGAGUUCGUCUGUGCCCAAAGCUGAGGCUCCAUGCUCUUAAAGACUACUGCCUCACAGCCUCUACUGGACCCCAUGGCAGCAGAGCCAACUCCAAAGUUGGGAGGAAAGGGAAACAAUGCAACUGGAAGUCACAUGAUAGUGUGUGUAGCCAGGAGGCAAGAUGGAAGACUGAGCUGGCCCUGCAGGGUUAUAUCCCUGGGUACUGGAUACCACCACUCUCUAAAGAAUCAGCUGAUAAGUGACCUGACACUCACUGCUCAACCACCAGCCACUGGAGUAUUUUUAAGUAUUCCCCAUUGCAAUUGACAAUUACUGCUUAUUAAGGAAAAUUUGGGAAUUUUAAGAUGAACCAGUUUGCCACCCAAAUGGUACCACUGUUCAAUCUUUUGAUGUUAAAUGUUCCUCUAGGUAUUUCUGUGCAUAGACUUGUGUGUUUACAUAGUUAUUCUACUGUACAUACAAUUUUAUGUCUCUUUUGUACUUAACAUAAACAUUUUUUCCAUGUUAUCAGUCUUA